CGACCGCGUUAUCAGUGACGUUUUCGACGAUGCGACGGUCGUUUCACUAAUUCUUGAACGGCCUGUGCCCGGUCUAUUGAAAAUGCUUUCGCGAAACAUCAUCAUAAACAAUGAUCGAUCGGUGAACAAUAGCUGAGUAACCCCGAUCUUCGAAAAUGCUACCCAAAAUCUACCUGUGCCCGACCGACAAAAAAUACGCCUGUUCUUGGGAAGGCGCUGCGGAAGACAUCCUCGAACACUUCACCGAAGAGCACGAGGAACUUCUCAGCUUCUCGAACGUGGUGCCCGUGGAUCUCCGCGUAUCGUCCGAAAACAAACUCGUCUUCUUCGACGAAGAAAUCUACCUCCACCAGGCCAAAACCGACGGGGAUCACCUCUACGUGUUCCUGAGAUAUCUCGGACCGGAAACCAUCGCAUCCAAGAUCACGUUCGAUUUGGAGUUGGAACACGAGGGCCGGAGGCUGGACAAGAAGUGGAUCACCGUGAGAUGCGGUUACUUCGCAGUCAGUCUGGAGUCCGUGAGGCUCUUCGCAGACACCAAUUCCCUCAAUUGCGUUCUAUCUGUUAGCGGUGAUUUCAGAAUCGCCAGCGGCGAAGAAGAAUACCCUUCGGAGGAAGUUUCCAACGAUUCGACAGAUGGGGAGCGCGGACUACACAACGGCGUCGCUUUCUACGAUCCGUCGCCUACAGAUUCCGGCAUUUCAAUGGCCGACAGCCUGAACCACCCUUUGAAAAGGCAAGCAAGUCUCGACGACAUCAAGACAAGAUCUGGCGAGAAAGCGUGCGACUUGACCAGGUCGAAGACCUUCAAUUUCGAAGAAAUCAGACGGAAGACGCCGGCGCGACGCCACCCAAGUACCGCCAGCUUGGAGUCGAUCAAAGAAGACGAGAGAAACCCGGAAUUGCUCUGCACGAACUGCGAGAGCGUGAUGAACCCGCCGAUCUUCCUCUGCAUAUCCGGCCAUAACUUCUGCACGAGCUGCGGUCUAGCAAAAAGAGUCUGCGUCGUGUGCGACGAGAGGAUCACCGAAGAGCGGAACUUGGAUCUGGAGGAGAAGUCGAUCAACCACACGUACGCGUGCAGGAAUCGCAAGCUCGGCUGCUCGAAGAAGCUCCCGUAUCUGGAGAUGAGGAAGCACGAGGUCAACUGCAAGUAUUGCUUGUACAAGUGUCCCGUGGAGGAAUGCGGGUACACGGCACAAUUCAAAAACAUGCACCACCACCUGAAGCUGAUCCACAGCAGCACCAAACUCCUCGACACCUUCAUCGUGGGGUUUCAGAAGCACAGCGAAGCGUUCCUGGCGAGCGAGGACAAGGGUUUCUUCUACUGCCGCGUAUCCGUCGCAAACGACACCGUCGUCUGGGAGGCGAAGUUCUGCGGUCCGAAGGAACGGGAGUUUUUCUGCGAGCUGAAGUUCAAGGAGCGCGGCCUGAAGACGCCGCAGCUUCUCAGAAACGUCGGCGACGCGUACCGCAUCGAGAUCCCGUCUCAGGAACUGAAACGGAUGAGAGUCAAACCGAAAAACGCUUUCCUAACCAUCACCAGGUGAUACGCUGUGAUAAAGACGCUAAUCGCUGAUAACCUAAGGCUGUAUUCGUGUGUAUAUGUUGUAAAACUGCGUGAUUAUAAAUAUAAAUGUUUAAUUUGGACGGGAGAUUAUGCGGGAGACGAUUUAAGCCGUCGCCUUUUUUGUUCGGAAUGUGCGGUCGGGCCCACGAAUCACGCCCGAAAGACGUUUGUUCUGAUUACGUGUUUAUUGAGACCCGUGGAGGUGGAAUUGCGGCGGUAAAUUUGGAUUUGUAGGAGGACGGUAAUAGGCAAGGUCGCCGCUGGGGUGUCGUCGUCACGUACCGUCGGAGGAUACGUUUUAAUGAUCUAUGUAAAAAGUAUAACGGCACAACAUAUGAAUACUGAGCUAAAAAACAGAUUCCUAAAUUAUCGAAGCAUUCUUAAUAAAUCGAUAAAAACGCCAAAGCUAAUUAUUAUAAAGAACAAGUAGAAGAAAAUGAGAUGUGCCCGAAAAACCUCUGGAAAGUUGUUAAGUCUAUAAGUAGCAAACCAAAUACAAACAUCCCCAGUAUUAGUAAAAAGACAAUA